GUGUGCACGUGCCUGGCUCCACCUCUCCUGACAGGAUUGUGCAGAGCGGUAAUCGGAAACACAAGGUGCACACUAGGAAAUCCUGCGAAGGCGGAGCAUCUCACGAACUUCGGAGUUUGAUGAAGAGUGGGGAGGAAGAGUAGAGCAAAUUAAACACAAACCGGCCACUGGAAAAGACACAACUUUUAAAACGUUAAAACUUCUUAGAUAAACGCAGUUUUGACUGAGCUGCUCAUCAGUCACUUUCAUCAUAGUUACUCUCGCGCUGGUUUCGUUUCAAGGUUUCUGGAGUUUCAUUAGAUCACCAUGAGAGGGAUGAUCGUGUUUGCGCUGCUUCUGAUUCUACUGACCUCAGGGAUUCUGUCUAUCCAGGUCACCCUCUCUGAAACAGAGAAACGUACAACUCUUUUUGCAUCUAUCACCUUGCGCUGUGAUUACUCCACCUCAGCUCUGCCGCAGAAUAUUUUGGUCACUUGGAAAUACAAAUCCUUCUGCAAAGAUCCUGUUCUGGACUAUUACUCCACAGCAUAUCAGUCUUCCCUUCAGCUUGGUCGAGACCCUGCCAAUGACUGUGUGGACUCGCAACGCACCGUCCGAACAGUGGCUCAGAAGCUGGGAUCUAAUGAGGCAGUGCUGGGUGUUGAGUACAGAGAUCGCAAAAUCUUCAUUCAGAACAAGGCUGAUCUGGUCAUCAACGAGGUAAUGUGGUGGGAUAACGGAAUGUAUUUCUGCUCUGUGGAAGCACCUGGAGAUACAGUUGGAGAUUCAGACCAAGAGAUGAAACUUAUAGUGUACCACUGGUUGACUGUUCUCCUCAUCAUCCUCGGUGUGCUGGCACUCAUCAUCCUCUUCUGUAUCUGUUGCUGUCAGUGCUGCCCACAGAAGUGCUGCUGUUAUGUGCGCUGCCCAUGCUGCCCUCAAACCUGCUGCUGCCCCGAGAAAGCGGUGAUGCAGCACAGGCUGAUGAAGGAGGCGCAGAAGGCCAUGACGCCGUGGCUUAAUGGACAGCCAAUCUACGCGCCCAUGAGCAACCACAGCUCCGCUUACCAGAUGAAUCCCAUGCUGUACGCAGGCUCAGCAUCAGGCAAAGGUGCGAUGACACCUGUCCCACUGCCUCCUCCCCAGAUGGUAUCCAUGCACAGUAACAUGCCUCCUUCCAGCAUUCAUGGUAAUGGCAGUGCUCAUGGGACCAACCAAAUGCUGGACUAUCUGGAGAGUCAGAUGCGUGGCAUGGACGUCACCGGCCCACUGUUACAGCCACAGCCUGCCAUCCCACUGCAGCACAUGCCUCCUCCUCCCCAACACAUGCCGCAUCAUGUGCCCUUCUCUGCUGGCCCUCCUAGCAUGCUCUCCGGCCUGGACGAUGGUCCCAACACACGAAGGGUACUGCCCGGCUCACGAGGAGGACGCCCACAAGCCUACUCCAGUGGCUCAUCCACUUACGGCGCCUCCCACCGCAAUGACCGCCACAUCUAUCGUCAGGCAAUUCCACGCAGCUACAGUCAGGAAGAUGUCCUGGACACACGGAGCCAGUCUGGAGAACACCGUCCUCGCUCACGUUCCAGGGAUGAUCUGCUUGCCGAUGACCGCCGGGGCCCAUCCAGACGAGACCAUUAUUCUCCUUUGCCCCGCCGCGGUUCAUGGGGCUCAGCUAAUGAUGAGGACAGCAGACGCGGAGGUGCUCGAGGAGGUCGGGGAGGCAGCUGGUCCAAUCAUCCAUCCAGUUACACCGAGUAUGAGCCCGGAAAGAAGCCGAUCAAGCGGCCUGAACGUUUCUCUUCACAGGAUAAGGUCAGAUGUUCUUCUUCCAGUCAAAAUCUUUGGAUCAUCUCAGAUCCCGAUGGAGAACAUGAUCAUCAGGGAUAAAAAUUCUCGAAGUGGGACCAGUAUAGUCAUCUGACAUCUGCAUCUGAUCCACAGUGCCUGUAGACCAACUUCAUUGAAGCUUUUGUGUUAAUGUGCACAAAACCAAGUACAUUUGUUUUACUGAACAUGCUUGAAGGAUGUUACACUGUACAUCAUAUUAUUGUGCAGAGCAGUUUAAAUAAUGUGAAUAUCAUCUUCUAUUAAUGGCAUUAGAAGAAGCUGUAUUUUAACUAUAAAAUAAUUUUAUAGGUUGCUUGGGUUUUAUGAUUUAUCUGUGUAAACUAAAUUUGUGUCAAUAUAUUUAUAAAGCUUUUUUUGUAAUAUAGCCACAGCAUUUACAGCAUAUGGAUAUAUUACAAGAAAUUGGUAUGACUCUCUUGUUUGCAUUGAAAUUCAGCCUUGCGUUUUUAUAUUAACUUCAACUAUGUGUAUAUGUUAAUCACUGUUGCUGCACUAAAGCACGUGAACUGCCUCUGUAAAGUUUUUUUUGGUGGGGCAUGUUUUUUUAAUUUGCAAAUAUGAUAGACAAUCUGUCAAUAUGUUUAUGUAUCAUAUGCAUGUCUCCUGCAAGCAAUUUGGUGCAAUCCUUCCUUUUCUAUCUGCAAAAAUAAAUCCUGAGGUCUGUACGAAAAGCUCA